AUGUCUCAACCCAAGUUGUUCACUCCUAUUCGCGUUGGAGACAUGAUGCUAUCUCACCGAGUAAUCCUAGCUCCCCUGACUCGAUUUAGGGCCGAUGAUGAACAUGUUCACCAUGAAAUUGCUGUAGAAUAUUACUCGCAACGCGCCACCACGCCUGGAACGUUGCUAAUCUCGGAGGCAGUUCUUGUCUCGCCCGAGGCAGGAGGGUAUGACAACGUUCCUGGGAUUUGGAACGAAAGGCAAAUCGCCGCGUGGAAAAAGGUUGUGGAUGCUGUCCAUAAGCGGGGGUCAUACAUAUUUUUACAGCUAUGGGCCAUCGGUCGUGCUGCGGAUCCGAGAGUGCUGGAAAAGGAAGGGUACUCGUACGUUUCGUCCUCGCCAUCGCUUCUUGAGCGACCCGGAUACCCGAACGUAACACCAAGGGAGCUUAGCAAAAGUGAAAUAAAGCAGUAUGUUGAGAACUAUGCACGGGCAGCAAGGAACGCAGUGUAUGAGGCUGGAUUUGAUGGUGUGGAAAUUCAUGCAGCCAACGGAUACCUUAUCGACCAAUUCAACCAAGAUGUUUGCAACAAGAGAACAGACGAGUACGGUGGUAGCGUUGAGAAUCGGACACGCUUUACAUUCGAGGUGCUGGAGCCUGGCCUCUGGCUCGACCGGCGCGAGGAUGAGUCUAGAGACAUGGAUUCUACCACCGGCACUUUCAAUUCUAAUGAUUUUGCUCGACUGAUUUGGCAACCUCGUCCAUUUUUCAGUGCUGGAGGUUUCAAACCGGAAUCGGCUUUUGUUGAAGCCGAGACUAAAGAUACCUGUGUGGUGAUCGGUCGCUACUUCAUUUCUAAUCCCGAUUUGCCCGAGCGACUCCGUCGCGGAAUACCUCUUUCACCUUACAACCGAGGUACCUUCUACACUCCUGGCCCCAAGGCUGCAAAAGGUUACAUCGACUACCCACAAGCGGCACACUGA